CCUCCACACCCCUCCCCUCCCUUCCCUUCCCUCCUCUGCCCGGAGAAGAGAAGCAGUGACAGCCGGUGGGGCUCUGGAACCCAGCAGCCCUAAGUCUACACUGCACCCAGCCCUGCACCCUGCCUCCAGCCCAGCUCAAAGUUGGGGCACAAAGAAGCGGGAACCAGAGCCGAGUCUGAGCAGCCUGCCAUGGAACUCGGGGGCCGGGGGGCACCACUGCCGUUCCUGCUGCUGCUGCUGGGGGCUGGAUUCCUGCCCGCCCUGGGCCACAUGGAGCGAGCCCACGCCGAGGAGCGGCUACUUAGCACACUCUUCUCCAGCUACAAUAAAUGGUCCCGACCCGUGGCCAACUCCUCGGACGUGGUCCUGGUCCACUUCGGCCUCUCCGUCGCACAGCUCAUAGAUGUGGAUGAGAAGAACCAGAUGAUGACAACCAAUGUGUGGGUAAAGCAGGAGUGGCGUGACUACAAACUGCGCUGGGACCCCAUGGACUACGAGAAUGUCACGUCCAUCCGUGUCCCCUCUGAGCUCAUCUGGAGGCCAGACAUUGUUCUCUACAACAAUGCGGACGGGGACUUCGCAGUGACGCACCUGACCAAGGCACACCUGUUCCACGACGGGCGUGUGCAGUGGACGCCGCCCGCCAUCUACAAGAGCUCCUGCAGCAUCGACGUCACCUUCUUCCCGUUCGACCAGCAGAACUGCACCAUGAAGUUCGGCUCGUGGACCUACGACAAGGCCAAGAUCGACCUGGUGCGCAUGCACAGCCGCGUGGACCUGCUGGACUUCUGGGAGAGCGGCGAGUGGGUGAUCGUGGAUGCCCGGGCCGCCUACAACACGCGCAAGUACGAGUGCUGCGCCGAGGUGUACCCCGACAUCACCUAUGCCUUCAUCAUCCGCCGCCUGCCGCUCUUCUACACCGUCAACCUCAUCAUCCCCUGCCUGCUCCUCUCCUGCCUCACCGUGCUGGUCUUCUACUUGCCCUCUGACUGCGGCGAGAAGAUCACGCUGUGCAUCUCCGUGCUGCUCUCGCUCACGGUCUUCCUGCUGCUCAUCACGGAGAUCAUCCCGUCCACGUCACUCGUCGUGCCGCUCAUCGGUGAGUACCUGCUCUUCACCAUGGUCUUCGUCACGCUCUCCAUCGUCGUCACCGUCUUUGUGCUCAAUGUGCACCACCGCUCACCACGCACCCAUGCCCUGCCCUCCUGGGUGCGCAGGGCCUUCCUGGACCUCCUGCCGCGCCUGCUGCUCAUGCAGCGGCCUGCGGUGACCAAGGGCCACUGCAGGCGGCUCAUCGAGGCCAUGCACCAGUUUCCUGGCGCCCCACGCUUCUGCCCCGAACCUCAGAGCUGGGGCCCGACCCCCUCCCAGCCCGCCGAGGAUGCCCUGGACUCGCCGGCCAAGGCCCCACCUGCCAGCCCCUCGGCUACAGCUUCAGUGUCCAGUGAGGCUGUGCAGGGUGGCCCCGGCCCUGCUGGGGGCCCUGCGGGUGGGGGCCUGGCCAGAACCCAGUCCCUCAGUACCCAUAACAGGUCCUGCCCCAGCGACGGCGAGGGGGGCGCUCUUCGGAGUCGUUCUCUGCACUGCUGUGCACCCCAAGAUGGAAACACCCAGGCUGAGGGCCCUGCUGCCCUGAAGAGCCAUCCUGCACCGGACCGGCUGUGCCCAUGCUCCUGCAGGAAGGAGCCCCCUACACCCCCAGUGGCAACACCCCAGGCCCGAAGGGCACUGACCCAGCCUCCUGUGCUGUCCCCGGCCCUGACAUGUGCGGUGGAGGGGGUGCGCUAUGUCGCUGACCACCUCAAGGCUGAAGAUGCUGACUUCUCGGUGAAGGCGGACUGGAAGUUUGUGGCCAUGGUCAUCGACCGCAUCUUCCUCUGGCUCUUCGUCCUUGUCUGCCUGCUGGGCACCGUGGGCCUCUUCUUGCCGCCCUGGCUGGCUGGCAUGAUCUAGCUGUGGCUACGGCCCUCCACUCUGCUGCUGUGUCCCUGCCUCAGACUGUGAGGAGCUGAGAGCCAUGUGUCAGAGGUUGAUUAAAGCUUCGAAGACGACCAA